AGUAGACAGACACACAGAAUACCAAGUAGACAGACACACAGAAUACCAAGUAGACAGACACACAGAAUACCAAGUAGACAGACACACAGAAUACCAACUAAAGAAACACGCAGAAUACCAACUAGCCAUUCAUCCACAUCAAAAGAGAGCCAGCCUCUAAGCCAGCCAAGAAGGUCAGUGCCAAACCAGCCAUCCAGCCAGCCGUCAACAAUAACAGACUAUUUCAAUGACAUUGAUGACAAGAAGAAGAAACUGUUGAUUGAGAGGUGUGUGGAAAUGAACAUUCCAAUACCUAGAAACCAAAAUAGCCAGGUGUACCUUUCCAGAGAUUCCCCAACACUAUCCUUCAUACGGGAGUGCCAACUGAAAUAUGAAGAAGAUGCUGUAGAAUGUUCCAAACUAUACACAAUUUGGUAUAUGAGUUCAAGGACAGAAACCCAAGUAGUGAAAAGUGAGUACACCUUGCAGCUGGCAGCUUCAGUAUUGACGUGGUCUUUCCAUGAGAGGACUGACAUAGCAACAGUUUUGGAAACAAUUGAGCCAAUUCCUUUCAGCAAAACAGCACCUCUGCCAACAACGAUACCAAGCUACAACGUUCAUGUGGGAAAUGUCAGCUUGUCACCAAACGACCUCAGGACUCUACGUCCCAUGGCAUGGCUAAAUGACCAGGUGGUGCAUGCAUACUUGGGUUUACUGUGCAAAGAGAGCAAUGAUAGACAUCAGCAUUCAUGCCACAUCUUGCCCAGCUUCCUUGCCUUAAAAUGGGAGACUCAGAACUACCAAUCAUGGCUGUAUCCCAAGGUACCUCUUGAGAACUUUGAUCACGUUCUCUUGCCCAUUUGCCAUCAACAUCAUUGGAUUUUACUUGCGGCAUCCAUGCUCACCGGCAAAGUCACCAUACUUGAUUCUGUUCCAAAUGAAUCAAGGGCCAGACAGUUUUUUGAUCAUUGGAUGAACUUCAUGAAUGCUAGAUCUACACUGUCCAUCACUGACCACAAGAAACCUAUCAAGUGGACUAGAGGUCAGGCACAGUCUUCUGUACAAGAAGAUGGAAGCUCGUGUGGAGUGUUUGUAUUAAUGAAUGCAGAAGCUAUACUCUCGAAUGUUCCACCAACGCUUAUGAGGCAGUGCCAUGUUACAUAAUUACAGACAGCAUGCACUUCAGCGCCUGCUUAAGACGUCAACAUCCAGUAAAGAAAAGAUCAGAAGAUGUGACCUUCCAUUUUGUGUAGACCCAGUGAAAUCCAAGCAUAAGAUGACCCAAUGUCCCACAUGCGAAAGAUGGAGUCACAAAGUUUGUCUGGGUCUGGAUGAGGAGCAAGCAGUAAAGACUUGCAUCUUCUGUUCCUAGAUGCUAAUAUGUUAUGUUAGCAGUUCCAGUCAAGCAAACGAACAAUUUGAUUUGAUAAAGGAGUAUAAGUUUGUUAUAAUCAUGUGACUUUUUGAUGACAAUAGGUGAUAUAUGGUGAUCUUAUUUAUUUUUUGGUCACAUGAGACAAAGUUUUAAGUGACCUUUUCUAGCCGCCUUUUGUUCGUGGUCGUGUGUCUAUAAACAAUUCUCGUUUUCAACUUUUUGAAAAACCAUGGCACAAAUUCAAUGAAAUUUGGCAGGAAGGUUCCAUGGCCAAAGGUCAGGCCUGAGGGGUUGAGGCCAGAAAGGAUUAAAUUGACUAAAAUUUUAAAAAUCUACAAGAUAUGGUAGAAUCAAAUACCCUUCACAGAUAGAAAGGUCUUAAUGCCCUUUACCAAAAUUGUGAAUGUCAUGACCCAGGGGUCUCAUGUUUACCCCUGUGGAGGGGGUAAACUUUACUAUAGUUUAUAUUGGGAAAUCACAAUUUUGACUAUCAUUUGUUCAAUUUUUAUUCAAAUUCACUUUAACUUUGUUAACAUGUUCAACUCAAUGCUAUGCACAUGUUUGCCCAGACUGACCACCUUGGCUGAUAGGCGGGGCCAAAAACUGUCAAUUACAUUAAUAAUAUUUAAAAACUCAAGAGACUGUUAUGAGCCAUGGAGCACUUGUUGGUUAUUCUAUUUGUUGAUUUAUAUAAAAUACAUUUAUUUUACUUG